AUGUCGAAGCGAGGACGCGGAGGAUCAGCUGGUAACAAGUUCAGGAUGUCACUGGGUCUGCCAGUGGCAGCAACAGUGAACUGUGCUGACAACACUGGUGCUAAGAACCUUUACAUCAUCUCUGUGAAGGGAAUCAAGGGUCGUUUGAACCGUUUGCCUUCUGCUUGUGUUGGUGAUAUGGUUAUGGCCACUGUCAAGAAGGGUAAGCCUGAUCUCAGGAAGAAGGUCAUGCCUGCUGUCAUUGUUAGGCAGCGUAAGCCUUGGCGCCGAAAGGAUGGUGUUUUCAUGUAUUUCGAAGAUAAUGCUGGUGUCAUAGUGAACCCUAAAGGAGAAAUGAAAGGUUCUGCAGUUACUGGUCCAAUUGGAAAGGAGUGCGCGGAUCUUUGGCCAAGGAUUGCAAGUGCAGCUAAUGCCAUCGUUUAA